CACUAGAGAGACCUCGGCGCGCGCUUGCACCCGCAACAAACCCCGUGCACGUUCACAAUAUCAAGAAUAAGGCCACGGGACGUCCUAUCGCAGCCCUGAGGCACGCUGGCUACGCCUUCUCUGCGUUGCGGUAGCUAGGAGCAAGCGUGCAACGAAGAGCAAGCAGGAGGGCAGCUGCAGCGCGCGUCGCAGCAAUGCCGCGAACACGACGAGUCGCCGCAGCGCUCCUGGCCAUCACGCAAACGGCGGGAGGUUUCCUUGCACCAAGGCCAAAGUGCAGCACUGCACUCCGCGCCGCGACGCAAGAACCUGUCGCCGAGAUUACGGCCGAGCCCUGCAACGUCGUCCUCACCACCACAAACUGCGACUUCGACUCGCUCGCCGCGGCCUGCGCCUUAGCUUCUCUAUGGGGCCGGGACCCGGAGUUUUCACUCGUGCCGACGCACGUCGUCAUGCCACGCGGCGCGGUGCCGGUGGUCCAGCGGUUCCUGGCCUACCACAAGCAUGUGUUGCCCGUGCGCGGUUUCAAGACCAUCGACGGGUCUGAUAUUGAGGCAUUGGGCGUUGUCGACGCGUCGUCGGCCGCGCGCCUAGGACGGUCGAAAAGAUGGCUCAGUCUCGCGCAGUCGCUGCACGUCUACGACCACCACGUCGGGGGCGAGGGCGAGGAGUCCGAGUCGUUGGGACUGCAUGCCACGGAGGUCGUGGUUGAACCCGUUGGUAGCACCACUACAUUAAUAGUGGAGCGACUCCGGGACGCCGACGUGACCCCAUCAGUACCGGAAGCAACGUUGUACGUGCUAGGCAUCCGGGCGGACACAGGCGGCCUCGCCUACGAGACGACGACGGCGCGAGACGCCGACGCUUUAGCGUGGCUGCUGCGCAAGGGCGCGUCCCAAGCCGCCAUCGCAGAGUUCGGGGUGGAACGAAUAAGCGGAGAUCAGCGGAAGAUCCUGGCGACGGCUCUAAGAACUGUGGAGUCGCGUUUGUACCGCGGCGUCGGCGUCGCCACGGUCGCGGUCCGCAGCAAAGGCUACGUGCCCGGCUUAGCCGCGGUCGUGGAAGAGUUGCUCGAGCUCACAGCUGCCGACGUGCUCAUCAUGGCCUGCGAGCACCAGAACGGCCUGGACCUCAUUGGAAGAGCCAGACCGGGAGCCGCGACGGUCGACCUCCGAACAGUGAUGUCCAAAUUUGGAGGCGGCGGCCACGCGAGAGCUGCGGCGGCGGCCGUGCCGGAGAACGACCGCAAGGCCAUGGGCGCGCCGCGGAACGUGCUCGACGUGGCGCGGGAGUACGUCUUGGGGCAAAUACCAGCCGAGCCGACGGCGGCCGCAAUCAUGACAUCCGCAGUAGUGACGCUCAAGGACGACGCGACCAUCGCCGACGCUCGUCGAUUGUUAAAUGCGCACUCGCUGAAGGCGACGGCCGUCGUCGACGCCAGUGCAUAAAUCAAAUUGUCGCGGCGCGUCUCCACGCCAUCGACGCGACGCCAGCUCGAUGGCGUGGCGAUGUGCACCCGACUCAUUGGGUGAUUUCCACACAGGUCGACGCGAAGGGCCGGCUGCGGGGCGUCCUGAAGAUGAGCGACGUUUCUAAAGCUGAAAAAGCUGGAAGGCAAAAUGAUAAAGUGAAGGGCGUCAUGCGCACGCAGGUGACGACCGUCAGCCGGGAUACGCCUCUGGCGCGGCUCGAGGAGAUCCUCGUCACGACCGUCGGGCGGGUUCCGGUGGUGGAAGACGAUGGCCGACUGCUGGGCAUCGUGACGCGGACGGACUUGCUGCGCCUGCGGAACUACUACGGCGGCGAGCUGCCGCGGCCGUCGGCUUUGGGCGUGUCCGGCGAGGCGGGGCCCGGGUAAAAACAAUCAAGUAUUAUGGUUGGAGUCGGCCCUUCGCGUCCCGCUGCGAACACUGGUCGCCUUCUAAACGGCUCCACUCGCCGGCGAGCUCGUACCAGCAGUAGCCCGUCCUUUGGUUGACCCCAGUGCGUUGGGCCGGGCCCGCCGUCACGUUGAAUCGCGAGGGGAGGUCCGUGGGGAGACUCUUCGUAUUGAGGGACGCGUCGAGCCUCGACGACGCCUCGUCGAGGUCAUUUAAUAAACGCCGCGCCUGGUCGCCGGUAGACGCGAGCAACAAAACGCGACGUGUCACACUUAGAGCUGAAGCCGCCGCCAUCAGUAUUAAUAUUCUCGCCGCCAUGGUA